UCCGGACUGAAGUCGGGUUGGAGUUGUUCGGGACAGAAAGCUGUGAAGUCUCUCAGGAAACUCUUUAACGGCUCAAAGUCCCGCCAGAGAUAAAGCUGUGUGUUUAAAGGACUUUAACGGACAGAAACAAGUGAUCGAUAUUAAUAUCAGAGAGCAGAAACAAGUGAUCGAUAUUAAUAUCAGAGAGCAGAAACAAGUGAUCGAUAUUAAUAUCAGAGAGCAGACAUGAAGCGGCUCUUCUUCUUCUCUCUUUAUACUCUUCAUACCGCCUUUUAUACUGUUUUCACCGUUUUUACCGGGUUGACCGUGAACGCAGCAGCAGCUUCUCCUCCAUCAGACUCUCAGCAGGAACUCACGUCGUCUCUCAGGUCGAUGCUGGACGACUUCUCCCUGCUGUCCCUCUCCAACCUGCAGACUCACUCAGUCCGCCGCAGAGACCUGCAGACACACACACACCUGGAGAAACUGGUCAGCUUCAGCGCCCUGCACAGGCAGUUUAGGCUCUAUCUGAGGACCAACGACCAGCUGUUCACGGAGGACUUCAGGGCCGUGGUGGUGGAGGAGGACGGCCGGGAGAGGAGCUACUCCAUCAACAGACACAACUACUUCACCGGACACGUCAUCGGGGAGGAGAACUCUCGUGUUCAGGCUCACAUCGACGACCACGAGUUCUCAGCUCGCAUCCUGACGGACGAGGCCGAGUACAACGUGGAGCCCCUGUGGCGGUUCUGGCCGGCGCCCCCUGAUGGCCGUCUGCUGGUCUACCGCUCCGAGGACAUCAGGAACAUCAGCCGCCUGCAGCAGCCGUCCGUCUGCGGCUACGUGACCUCUGACCCCGGCCUGCCCCUCCCCCGCCCCGUCACCACGGCAACGGGGGACGACCACGACGACGGGUGGGCGUCCAGAGGGAAGCGGCAGGUCCACGACCACAGGAAGAACACCUGUCCUCUGCUGCUGGUGGCCGACCAUCGCUUCUUCAAACACAUGGGCCGCGAGGAGGAGAGCACCACGCUCAACUACCUGAUCGAACUGAUCGACCGCGUGGACGACAUCUACAGAAACACGUCGUGGGACGAAGAGUUCAUCGGCUACGGCGUUCAGAUCCAGCAGAUCAUCAUAGAGAAGAGUCCGACUCCUGUGGCAGCCGGAAAAAGUCACUUCAACAUGAAAGGAAGUCCAGUGGAGGGUAAAAAGGUCUGGGACGUCAAGAAGCUGCUGGAGCAGUUCAGUGUUGAUAUUGCGGAGAAAGCCUCCAACGUCUGUCUGGCUCACCUCUUCACCUACCAGGACUUCGAUGAGGGGACUCUGGGUCUGGCCUACGUGGCUCCGUCCAAACCGGACAUCCCCGGAGGUCUCUGCUCCAAAGCCUGUCCUUCAUCUGCAAACGCAAAAAAAUCCAUCUACCUGAACACGGGCCUGACCAGCACCAAGAACUACGGCAAGACCAUCCUGACCAAGGAAGCGGACCUGGUGACGACUCACGAGCUCGGCCAUAACUUCGGAGCGGAACACGACCCCGACAACAUCCUGAACUGCGCGCCGCGAGAGGACCAGGGAGGGAAGUACGUCAUGUACCCCAUCGCCGUGAGCGGCGACCACGUCAACAACAAGAUGUUCUCCAACUGCAGUAAACGCUCCAUCGUGAAGCGCCUGCGGUCCAAAGCGCCGUCCUGCUUCAAGCAGAGGAACAUCAACGUGUGCGGUAACUCCCGGGUGGAGCAGGGCGAGGAGUGCGACCCCGGGCUGCUGCACAUCAACUCAGACCGCUGCUGCACCGCCGAGUGCCGGCUGAAACCUGGAGCUCAGUGCAGUGACAGGAACAGUGCGUGCUGUAAGAACUGCCUGUUCGAGUCUGUAGGGGAAGUCUGCCAGGAGCCCAUCAACGCCACCUGCAAAGGUCACUCGCACUGCACAGGAAACAGCAGCGAGUGUCCUCCUCCGGAGAACGCCGCCAAUGAAACCGUGUGUCUGGACAACGGCGAGUGUCUGAACGGAGAAUGUGUUCCCUUCUGCCAGGCCGUCUUAAAGCUGCAGCCCUGCGCCUGCAACGAAACGAACUCGUCGUGUAAGGUGUGUUGCCGUGGCGGCGGCGGCGUGUGCGCUCCCUACCAGGACGCGUCGGGCAGCUUCCUGUUCCUGCGUAAAGGGAAGCCGUGCACCGUGGGAUUCUGCGACGGAGCGGGGAAAUGCAACAAGCAGGUUCAGGACGUGAUCGAGCGUCUCUGGGACUUCAUCGACAAACUGGACAUCAACACGCUGGGGAAGUUCCUGGCAGACAACAUCGUGGGCUCCGUGGUCGCCUUCUCUCUGCUCUUCUGGGUUCCCUUCAGCAUCCUGGUGCACUGCGUGGACAAGAAGCUGGACAGACAGUUUGAACAGAACACCAAGAGUCUGUUCUUCCCCAGCAAUGCCGAGCUGCUGAGCAGCCUGGAGUCCGCGUCCGUCCGGAUCUUCAAACCUCCGACGUUCCCGACCGGAACGCCGCCGGCCGGGUCGCGCCUCCCGCCGUCCGGCCCGCAGCAGACCAGCACGCCGCCGGCCCCGCCCCCCGACAGCCCCCGCAUGGCCACCAUCCAGGAGGACCCCAGCCUGGACUCACACCUGGACCAGGAGGUGCUGGAGGAGGCGUUCGGCCGGCCCGCGGGGGCGGCACAGCAGCGCUCCUUCGAGGACCUGACGGGGAAAGACGUGACGGGUCGCAGCGAGAAAGCUUUGAUGUUCCGACUCCACAGACAACAUCAGAUAGACACCAAGGAGACGCAGUGCUGACCACCUCCUCACCUGACUCCUCCUCACCUGGGGACCUCCUCACCUGUCUCCUCCUCACCUGACUCCUCCUCACC